AAAGCAAAGUGGGACAAAUAAUAUCAGUUGCCAGCAAAAGGAUGACUUGAGUACAAACUUUUCUUAUUCUAAAACCAUAAUAUAUUGGCAGAAUACCUACUCCAGGAGGACUGUAAUUUUAUAUCGGUGGACUGGUCUGUUCUAGCUGAAGGUGACCAUGUAACUGUUUCUUUAAUCAAUGUACCUAUAGCUGGAGCUGCAACUGGGGCAUUUGUGGAUUUUCUCAUUGGUCAAGGAACACCACUCUCAGCUUUCCACUUGAUUGGAUUCAGCAUGGGGGCUCACGUAGUUGGAAAUGCCGGAGCAGCAGUAGCCUCUGGAAUAUUGCCAAGAAUCACUGGUUUGGAUCCGGCAUCCGAUGAUUUCCCACUUGAUUCAAUUGAUAAUCGGCUAGAUAAAACAGACGCUUUUUUCGUCGACAUCAUUCAUACCUACGUCGCCUUCGUGAAUAUGACUGGACAUGCAGAUUUCUAUCCGAAUGGUGGUCUAAUUCAAGCUGGAUGUCCAGUACCUGACCUUGAAUGUUGCAAUCACUGUCGCGUCGUGGACCUUUAUGCGGAAUCCAUCAACAGCCCCUUAGGCUUCAAUGCAUUUCAGUGCGAUUCGUGGGAAAAUUACCAAAAUGGAGAUUGCCAAGAAAACGUCAAUACGUUGAUGGGCGAACCAGUUUCAAUAAAUGUCCGAGGAUCGUUCUUUUUAGCAACAAACAGGGAAUCGCCGUUUGCCCAAGGAUGACUUUUAAACUUGGCUGAAAACGUCUCACCUCCAAUGAUUUAUCGACUGAAGUAGCUAGAAUGUUAUACUGAGUAAAUUAUAUAGCAUGGUAAUUUGUACGCAGAGAAUUGAAGGCAUUGUGUAAAAUUCCGAUUGUUAAAAAUGAAUUUAGCUUUUGGAAAAGUA